AACAGAGGACCCUUUGGGUAUAUAGGCAGGGAUCCUGGGACUCCAACCUCAGUCCGGUGUCCAGGAGUGAACUAGAGGCCUGGUGAAAAAUUGCUGCAGAAGAAAGACAUCAUGAAGUGGCUGAUCCUCGCCUUGGUGUGUCUCCACCUCUCAGAGGGGAUGGUGAGAGUCCCCCUGAAGAGAUUCAAAUCCAUGCGGGAGGUGAUGAAGGAGAAAGGUGUACUCAAGGACUAUCUGAAGAACCACAAGUAUGACCCAGCCAGCAAGUACUUCACCAACUUUGCUAUUGCCUAUGAACCCCUGGUUAACUACAUGGAUAUGUCCUACUAUGGGGAGAUCAGCAUUGGAACCCCGCCGCAGAACUUCCUGGUUCUUUUCGACACCGGCUCCUCCAACCUGUGGGUGCCAUCUGUGUACUGCCAGAGCCAGUCCUGCACCUCCCACACGAUGUUCAACCCCAGCGCUUCCUCCACUUACACUUCCAAUGGACAGACCUUCUCUCUGCAGUACGGGAGCGGCAGCCUCACGGGGAUCUUUGGCUACGACACUGUGACCAUCGAAGGCAUUUCCAUCACCAACCAGGAGUUUGGCCUGAGCGAGACCGAGCCUGGCACCAACUUCCUCUACUCUCAGUUUGACGGGAUCCUGGGGCUGGGCUUCCCUGCCAUUUCUGCCGGCGGUGCCACCACCGUCAUGCAAGGCCUCAUGCAGGAGAACCUGAUCAGCGCCCCGCUCUUCAGCUUCUACCUGAGCGGGCAAGAGGGCAUUCAAGAUGGCGGCGAGCUUCUCUUUGGAGGGGUUAACCCCAAUCUGUACACCGGUCAGAUUGUGUGGACGCCUGUCACCCAGGACGCUUACUGGCAAAUUGGAAUUCAAGGGUAAGGUGCUUGUCUUGGAGAUGGGUUUGGCUGGAGCAGCAGCGGCUGCCAGGGGAUUGUGGACACCGGAACGUCCCUGCUCACUGCCCCACAAGCCAUCUUCUCUCAGCUGAUGCAGGACAUAGGUGCUCAGCAGAACAGCUAUGGUGAGUACGAGGUGAGCUGCAGCAGCAUUAGCAGCAUGCCGACCAUCUCCUUCACUAUCAGUGGCACGAGCUUCCCGCUGAGCCCGUCUGCCUACGUGCUCCAGAGCAAGAGCAGCCAGUGUACCGUGGGCAUUUCACCCACUUAUCUGCCCUCCCAGAACGGGCAGCCCCUCUGGAUCCUGGGUGAUGUCUUCCUCCGGUCCUAUUACUCUGUGUACGACGUCGGAAGCAAUCAGGUGGGCUUUGCCCCAGCUGUGUAAUCACCACGACCAUCUUCCCUCCCGCCUCCAGCCUGCUAGGCUGUGACACGCCGGCCCCGCAUGCUGUUUUCCAUGGAUCUUGAACGUGUCUCUGUGCUGGACGUUGGCAAAUUUCUGAAGCCUCUCUCCGGUGAAAUCUGAGCGAUGAAAUUCUCAGCUUCCCUUUGAAGGUGACUGCAAAUAAAUAAAAAGCAUUAAAAAUAAAAACA